AUGUCGAAAAACGGAACCAGUAAUAAUAUUUGUAAGAUUUGUUCAUUGGAUCCAAAAAUUCAAGACUUAAUUCACAGAGCAGUUGAGGCGCGCUUAUUCUCAUAUUCUCCAUACAGCAACUUCAAAGUUGGUGCUGCUGUGCUCUGCGAAGAUGGCUCAGUAUACACAGGAUGUAACAUUGAAAAUCGUUCUUUCACUGUUGGAAUCUGUGCAGAAAGAUGCGCUUACUCGAAAGCAUUGAGCGAAGGUAAGGUGACAUUCAAGGCUGUAGUGGUGAUAGGUCAACAAGAGAAGUUUUUCACUACACCCUGCGGAGCAUGCAGGCAGUUCAUGAGUGAAUUUGGGUGCGUUGAUGUGUAUAUUACAAAACCGGAUAGCAACGAUGUAUUAGUAUUGACUUUGGACCAGCUGUUACCUUAUCAGUUUGAAGUUAAUGAUAACAAAUUUUCAUAA